GCGGAUAUAUAUUCUAUAUCAAGUGAAGAGUGUGUGAAUAGUGAUCAAAGCGUGACAUCUGAUUCAUUUGACAACUAUGAAUCACCGCAAAUUGAUUUAGAUCGAGAUUUUGAAGAUUCUCUAGGACAAGAUUUUGAUGAUUUCCAAGGUGAGUCAGAUUCUAAAUCAUUACCGGAUGGAUUAACGAACAAUAAAUUUUCAACAUUAUCCACGAUCUAUGACAAAUCCUAUGAAAAUGAAAAUUUGACACAAAUAGAAAAUUCAGAUCAAUUCUUUUGUACGAAUCCUGGCUGUCAUGAAGCCUUUGCUUGCGAAGAGGAUCUGCGAAAUCAUUUGCUUUUGAAUCGAAAUGUGAUACCUCAGCAACAAUCGGAGGCGAACAUGGAUCCGAAACGACAAUACCAUUUCAACAUGGCGAAUAUAGACGCGAAUGAAUUAGAUUCAUAUAAAAGGCUGGAGAAUAGUAAAUAUAAAAGAAAUGAUAGAAAGAAUGAUUCCUACAAUAGACAACAAAGUAAAAUAAAUUUUUCGGCGAAAAAUAACCAUAGAAAUAACCUAAAUAUCACGCAACCAUUUAUUUGUGAUGAGGAACGUUUCACCUCUGGAAGUUAUUCAAAUGGAUACAAUGUCCGCAAUCAUUCAAAGUCUUCGCAGGAUGAUGAUAAUAGGCACUUAAUUUUUGAAGGGCAGAAAUACGAACAUAAUUUCUCAUCUAAGAAUAUUUUAAGAAUCUACUUAAAUCGUUUUCAACCAACUGUAUAUGAUGAACAAAGGUGUGAAAAUGAGGAAUUUACCACUAGACACCUAAAUAGUUUUGAUUUAACACGUCAUAUACAUGAAGAAAACGGAUGUGGGCGAAAGUUUAGAGCUAAAAAGGAAUUAAAGAAUCAA